CCUCGCCACCCAAAUUCAUCUCUCUCUCCUGAGUCCUGAAGCUUGUCAGAUUUUGUCCAGAUAAUGAGCUGUAUCUGUUCGUAGUUAAAUAUUCAGAAAGGGAGACCCAACACCAACACCUACCUACACAGCCAAAGACGAAAGCAAGCUUCUAGUUCUUAGCCUCCUCUCUCUCUCUCUCUCUCUCUCUCUUUUCAUUCUCUUGUUUGCCAUGGGCUUUCCGAUAGGUUAUACCGAGCUUUUCCUUCCAAAACUUCUUAUUCACACGCUGUCUUUUCUGGGCUUCAUCAGAAAGUUUAUCUCCUGGUUUUUUCGCUUUCUCGGUCUGGGGGAUUUCCUCGAAUCCGACAUUGUUUGGCCGGACCGUCCCACCCAUGUCCCUGAAUUCCAUUCCGUCUCGGCCAUUCUUAUCCGAGAAAUCCUACCUGUCGUCAAGUUCCAAGACUUGGUUUCCACCGACGGGGAGACGCCGGACAGCUGCGCCGUUUGCCUUUACGAGUUCGAGGGGAACGAAGAAAUCAGACGGCUGACCAACUGCCGACACAUUUUCCAUCGGAACUGUUUGGACCGCUGGAUGGAUCAUGAUCAGAAGACCUGCCCCCUAUGUAGGACUCCAUUUAUACCUGACGAUAUGCAGGAGGCGUUCAACGAGCGGCUUUGGGCUGCUUCUGGAAUUCCUGAUGUCUAUGAUCAAUGAUCAAGGAUUAGUGACCCAGAGAGAGGAGGCAUAAAAGCAUUAACAAUGAAAUUUAAUUGGUGAGUUAAAGACUUUGCGGAAUUUGGGGCAGGCAUGUAAAAUGUUUAAUCCAGAUGCAAUGAACCGGGGCUCAUCUCCUGUUUUCACGAAUGAUAUGGAUUUAUUGUUGUGAUUCGGAA